AAAUCAGCUGAUUCAUAAAUUGUGGGUGAUUCAACUGCGUGGGGUCACUGUAUCAUCACUUCCUCUAAAACUCUUAUGAAGACUACAUUCACGAAAACAAAAAAGUUAGACCUUAAAAACUGAUUUUCGCGUCUACCCAAUGUUAAAAUCACAAAUUUUCUCGAACAAAAAAGUUUGAUUUAAAAUAUAAACCUCAAUAAAAACCAGCCAACUUUUCUAAGAAGAUGUAGAACUCAAUUACGAACAACUUCUCUGAAGGCAUCAUACAUCUAAAAUAAACGAGAGAAGAGAAAACACUUUUUCCUGCUAAAAUGUGUAUUCGUACCAUUGCACAGUGAGACGGAUUAAGGUUUUAGGAGGAAAGAUGGAACUCACGCCUUCAAUUGUUUCUAUUAUAAAAACUUUUUUUUUUUGGUCGGACCGAAAAUAAGAAUGGCCCUUUGUAAAAAUAGAUAUUCAUUUUAAGGAAUAUUGGUAUAGUUUGUUCUACAAAGUUGAAAAUCGUCUCUCAAAGUGAUGGGAAGGCAACUUUUCUGACAAAACUUGAAAUUAAAAAAUAGAAAACACAAAAACCUAUUUUAAAGGGCCACCCUACAUCAAUAGCGAAAAAUGCUCUAAAACGGUAAAAUUUUGAGCUAGCGUUAGGGCUCACUGCUAGGUAGAUUAAGCCAAUCAGAACAGUCGGCAUAUGCCACGCCACGUGUGAAAGUGUAGAGUAAGCAGUUUUAGUGUAAUAAAUAGGAACGGCACACGAGGUUCAGACCUCUUUCAUCGUUCAGUGUGCGUUGCAGUCAGUUUUGUCAUUUUUUAAAAAGAACCCCCGACUAGAUAACUCGUUAAGUGGCGCAGCCGGUAGGAUUAUCGCGAAGUGGUGUUUAAAAAAGUGCUACGGACGACAGGAACUGAUUCAUCAUCAGCAGCGGCGACAUCCAACAUAAUCACGCUCAGGAUAAGACUGGAUCAUCAUUCAGCAGGCAGCGACAUUACAGAGGAUCACGUUACACAUAAGACUGGUGGAAUCAACCAACCGAUCUGAAGCACGCCACGGCGAUCUCCAUGGCCAUCAUCAUUUUCGGACUGCUCCUGCUGACGUUAGGAAACGCAGAAAUUUAUAUUCAUGACAUCAGGCAGAACCCCAUCAUUAUACUCCCUAUCGGCACAGCAAAAAUUUGUAACAGCUAUUUAAGGAUUGUGCAUCCUAUAGAACUAGGUCCUAUAAAACAAGUUAUUGAUUUUUUAUAUUCAGAAGCACAGGAAAAAAUUAUCUAUGACAAAUUAUUAAGUCCAAUUAUAAAAACAAAAAUUGAAAAACUGUCCCUUACAUUUAGGAAAAUUCAACCAUCAGACAAAAGAGUAAAAAGAUGGGAUAGCUUAGGGAAAGGUUGGAAGUACAUAUCGGGAAGUCCUGAUGCCGAUGAUAUUAGACUAAUUAAUGCAACUAUAAAUUCAAUGAUAGACCAGGAAAAUAACCAGAUCAGGAUUAAUUCCGGGUUGGAUAGCAGGAUUAGGAACAUAACAUACAGUAUAAACGUCCUUAUCUCCAAGUUCAGUAGCCUGUCAACAGAGUUUAACGAAGGAUUUUCUUCGGUCAACCUACUCUUCAAUAUAGAUGAGCUGAUCCAACAAGUCGAGACAAUUGGCGAAGCCAUAACCUUAGCACGAGUAAACAUCCCGAGCAGCAGACUUAUCAGCCUCACCGAGUUGGUUGUAGCACAACAGUUUUUGAAGGAUCAAGGACUCGACGUAGCCACAGCAGAAAGUGUACUUGAAAUUGCUCGAGCAUACGUGGUAACUACCAGGGAAUCCAUAAAGUAUAUAUUAAGGGUACCGAAGGUAACAAACGAAAUUUACACUCUCUACCAAGUUGAACCAGUAAUAUCUAACGGAACAAGAGUUCAACUUGACGCCAACUUCUACCUGAAUGGAACAACUCCGUAUUGUUCAAAGUCAAUCUGCGAUCAAUAUGCAGACCACUUUAUUUGUCAAUCUUCGCAGCUUGAGUCUCCAUCAAAAUGCAUCCAGAAAUUGAUGAGCGGCUCCUCAGCGCACUGCCCCAUGGAGAAAGUCUAUGGCCGAAACAUUAUCAAACGGAUCAACGAUGCUACAAUCAUCAUUCACGAAGCAGACAUCACGCUCAAAUCAAACUGCAGCAUGCAUAAUAACAAAUUGGAAGGGUCUUACCUUAUCCAAUUUUCAAAAUGCACAAUAUCGUUGGACGGGGAGCGGUUCACCAACAUCAACGUGGAUAUCCCAAGCAAGACUUUCAUCCCGACCACCGGAUUGAAGGUAAAUAGCACUAACCUAGUGGAUCGCAUUCCUCUGGAACAUUUACAGAUACUUCAUAUGACGCAUCGUGACCAUAUUCAACAUCUGAAUUUAACUAAUGAGAGCAUUCAGACAAAGAUCCACUUUUUGCACUGGCUAUCUUUCGGAUCGAUAUCGGUUACAACCCUUACCCUAAUUGGAAUCACGCUAGGCUGCAUUAUCAAGACACUUUUGACAAAAAAGGCAACGGUGAUCAUUCAACAAGGCCAACGCGAGGUUGAGGAUACAUCAUCAGGCGAAUCGACGCAGGACAUCAGCACAACGAGGCAUCCCAGGUUCAUCCCGCAAUAGGCGAAAACGGAGAAAGUCGAGGACGACCUUUCUUCUAAAGAGGGAAAUCGUUAGGGCUCACUGCUAGGUAGAUUAAGCCAAUCAGAACAGUCGGCAUAUGCCACGCCACGUGUGAAAGUGUAGAGUAAGCAGUUUUAGU